CCUGGAUCCUGUGUUGUUAGCAUAUUACAGUACAGUACUCAAGUAAUGGUACUAGCUUCGAGGCCAAACUGGACUGGGACGAUUCGUUUGGCGUUGACUCUUUGUGGACUACCAUAUACCACCUGUACCUCCGGAAUAUUAAGGCCUGGAUUCUCUUGUUCAGUUCCUGAUUCCGUCAGAACUUGUGAAAACCUCACACCCUUCAGUGCCAGCUACUGCAGCCUUUACACGACCAGUGCCAGGACAAUGCCAUCUUCAAAAGCUCCACAUGUAAAGUCCAGGGGCCCCCUGUAUCCAGGGUCCAGCAUCAAGCGCUUCCCUGUACCUGAUGACAAGGUGGACUGGAGUCAGAAGUGGGCCGAGUAUGAUCCAGUCAACUACACAGACCCUGCAGUUCUGAAGAAGCCAGUCUGGGCAGAUCCUGAUAUUGGCAGCUCUUUCUCCCCAAAGUUCAACACUGUGGAUGGUGCUGUGGACAGGACAAGCUUUGAGGGAAGCUAUCGAGUGGAAAAUGGAAAGCCGCUAAAUCCUCUCGGACGCACAGGGUUGACUGGAAGAGGUCUUCUAGGACGGUGGGGACCCAAUCAUGCAGCUGAUCCCAUCGUCACAAGGUGGAAGGUAGAUGGAAGUGGAGCAAAGAUCCAUCACUCAGUGUCCAAACUGCCCAUUCUGCAGUUUGUGUCCAUCAAGAGAAAGGACUGUGGGGAGUGGGCCAUUCCUGGGGGGAUGGUGGAUCCGGGGGAGCAGGUUUCUAGCACGUUGCAGCGGGAGUUCUCGGAGGAAGCUCUCAACUCACUUUCAGUCGCAAAGGCAGAGAAAGUAGAAAUCCACAAACGCGUCACCAAACUCUUCCAGUCUCCAGGGUUUCAGGUAUUUAAAGGCUACGUCGACGAUCCAAGAAACACUGACAGUGCUUGGAUGGAGACAGUUGCUGUCAACUUUCAUGAUGAAGAAGGUAACAGUGUGAGCGAGCUGCCGCUGCAAGCUGGUGAUGACGCAGGCCAAGUCCAGUGGGUGGACAUCGACUCGUCCUUCACUCUCUAUGCGAAUCACUCUCAUUUCCUGCAGCUGGUUGCCAAAGAGAGGAACGCUCACUGGUAGCCAAAGGCAAAAGAUGGAUCUGAUAUAAUCGCACAAACAAGAGCCUUAAGAUCUCGUUUGUAUGUAGUAAGCAUGAACUCGGAUGUGAACCCUCCUCUCUAACUUAUUUAUAAUAAUCUGAUGUAAUACUAGACACUUAAUCUGCAUUUAUUAAAUUAGCAUUAUAAUGCAUUAACAAAUUAUGUGAUUCUGGGUGUAAUAUAUGCUGAAAUUAUAGC